AGAAAGGGAAAAAAAAAAAAAAGCCCCACAAAACAAACAAACAAACAAACAAACAAAAACCCAACAACAACCAAAAUCGCACACACUCGUUUUUGGAAAGGGAAUCCCUCUUUUUCUCCUGGAUUUGUGGAUGCACCGAUGAGAGAUCCAGCCUUCCCAGGGACUGCCAUGGCUUACCACCCCUUCCACGCACCCCGGCCGGCCGACUUCCCCAUGUCCGCUUUCCUCGCAGCCGCCCAGCCUUCCUUUUUCCCUGCUCUGGCUCUGCCUCCGGCCGCUCUGGCAAAGCCCAUGCCGGACCCCGGGCUGGCCGGGGCGGCUGAGGCCGGACUCCACGUCUCGGCCCUGGGACACCACCACCAAGCCGCCCAUCUGCGCUCCCUCAAGAGCCUGGAACCCGAGGAAGAGGUCGAAGACGACCCUAAAGUCACGCUGGAAGCCAAGGAACUUUGGGACCAGUUUCACAAACUGGGAACCGAGAUGGUGAUCACCAAAUCCGGGAGGAGGAUGUUCCCCCCGUUCAAGGUGCGGGUGAGCGGCCUGGACAAGAAGGCCAAAUACAUUUUGCUGAUGGAUAUAGUGGCGGCUGACGAUUGCCGGUACAAAUUCCACAACUCUCGCUGGAUGGUCGCCGGAAAGGCCGACCCGGAGAUGCCCAAGCGCAUGUACAUCCACCCCGACAGCCCGGCCACGGGGGAGCAGUGGAUGGCCAAACCUGUUGCCUUCCACAAACUCAAGCUCACCAACAACAUCUCGGACAAACACGGCUUUACCAUCCUGAACUCCAUGCACAAGUACCAGCCCCGGUUCCACAUAGUCCGGGCCAACGACAUCCUCAAGCUGCCCUACAGCACCUUCCGCACCUACGUGUUCCCCGAGACCGAUUUCAUCGCCGUCACCGCCUACCAGAACGACAAGAUCACCCAGCUGAAAAUCGAUAACAACCCCUUCGCCAAGGGCUUUCGGGACACGGGCAAUGGCCGACGGGAGAAAAGGAAGCAGCUCUCUCUGCCCUCCCUGCGGAUGUACGAGGAGCCCUGCAAACCCGACCGAGACGGCGGCGAGUCGGACGCCUCCUCCUGCGAGCCCUCGGCCGUGCGUGACGCCCUCCACUCCCCCGUGGGCCCCCUCCCCAGCCCCCUCCGCCUCAAAGGCAGCAGCAGAGAGGAGAAGCCGGGGGCUGACAGCGACGCGGAGGUGGAGAAGGUGCCCGAGGAGCGGCCGGCGGCAGCGGGCAGCCCCGGCGGGGAGGACGCAACGCCCCACGGCAGCCCUUGGUGCCCCGAGGAGAGGAGCAAGGAGAGGCGCAGCCCGGAGAAGGUCAAAGAUGGAGCAUCCCCCCGGGAGGGUCCUGGUGAGGGCUUGUUCGGCGCCAGAGGCCUGGAGAAGGACAAGGUGGAAGGACGGAGGAAAGAGCCGGAUCCGGGCAAGAAGGAUGCGGAGGGUGUUGGGCUGAGCAAGGAGGCCUUUGCCCCCCUGAUGGUGCACACGGACAGCCCCCCGCACCUGAGUGCUGGGCACCUGCAGAGCCUGGCCCUCUCUGGCCUCCACGGGCAGCAGUUUUUCAGCCCCCUGGGUGCCGGGCAGCCCCUCUUCAUCCACCCGGGACAGUUCGCCAUGGCCCCCGGAGCCUUCUCUGCCAUGGGCAUGGGACACUUGUUGGCCUCGGUGACCGGCGGGGGCAGCUUGGAGAAUGGAGCCCUCUCAUCCACCCCGGGUGCAGCAGGGACGGCCACCCCCUUCCCUUUCCACCUCUCCCAGCACAUGCUGGCCUCUCAGGGAAUCCCGAUGCCCACCUUCGGCGGACUCUUCCCCUACCCCUACACCUACAUGGCAGCGGCUGCAGCAGCCGCCUCGGCCAUGCCGGCCACCAGCGCCGCAGCCGCGGGGCCGCUCUCCCGCAACCCCUUCCUGGGCAGCACCCGUCCUCGCCUGCGCUUCAGCCCUUACCAGCUCCCGGUCACCAUCCCACCCAGCACCAACCUGCUGACCACCGGUCUGCCCGCCAGCAUCAACCCCGGUUCCGAGGGCUCCAAGGCCGGCAGCAGCCGGGAAUCCAGCCCCCUGCCCGAGGUGCCCCUGCACAAAGGGGGCAGCCAGCGCCCCGCCGCCGCCUCUCCCAAGGGCUCCCUGAAGGAAUCCCUCAACGAACUGCAAAACAUCCAGAGACUGGUGAGCGGGCUGGAGAGCCAGCGGGAGCUGUCACCCGGCAGGGAGUCCCCCAAGUGACCGACGGGGUGGGCAGCAAGCCCUCCCGGCGGGGCGGAGAAGCACUGGUAUUUUGUACAGCACAGUAUAAAUAUUUAUUGCGGAGCGAGGGGUGGGGGAUGGAUGAGGAACGGGGGGGCUGGAGCAGAGGGAUGAAACCCCGCUGCCUGCGUGGACCCAACGCUCCAGAACCAGGAGUGAGAGGUGGGAGCGCAGGCCUCGCCCAUCCCCCCCCUGGCUGUGGGGCUGGGAUCGGCUUCCCCACCUCCCCCCUCCCACUCCAGUGUGGCCACGGAGCCCCCCCCAGCAUCUCCACUCCCGCACUCGAGGCACUGGGCAGCUGUGGGAGGGGGGCAAGGAGCCGGCAUGGAGGCACCUGAUGGAUGGGGUGGCCCAGCCCCCCUGCCCCAGCCCCGGGGAGGUAAGCGGGGCCAAAGCCUCAUCUGGGCAAAGGGAGGGGGGGAGGAAAAAAAUAAUAAACAAACAAACAAACAAAAGAAAUAAGAAAGAAAACACGGGAAACAAACCGCCUCGGCAGCCACCGCUGCACAGAGCUGGUACGGUGGGCGGAGCCCCGCGGGUACCCGGGCAAAUAUUUAUGAAAUAAAUGGUAAUUUGUGUAAAUAAGCUAUAAGGAUCCCAGAAUAUGCAAAUUGGUAUUAAUUUAUUCAGAGUUGUACAUUGGUGUGUACAUAAUAUUUAGAGUUUAACUCAUCGCAUUUAAGUUUUUUUUUUCUUUUUCUUUUUCUUUUUUUUUUUUUUUUUUCAUUUUACAUGAACAUAUAUAUUGUAAAUGAAAACUAUUUAGCUCUUUGUGAUUGAAGGAGAUAUCGGUUUCUUUUAACUGUGUUUUAAAAUAUUGUUUAUCCCGCCUGUUCUCUAGGACAAUCAUGUGCCACCGGCAAAACAAUUUUUGGAGUCAUUGAAACUAAGAGCUCAAUUCUCUUACAGACUUUGGGAGGGGGGGAAAAAACCCAACCAAACAAAAAAACAUUAAUCCAAAUGGUGACAAAAAUAUCGCUACAGUGCGGGGUAUAGAAAAUGCAGGAAUAAACCUCAGGUUUUUAUUUUUCACUCCAGAACAACAACGAAAAAAAAAAAUAUAAGAAAUUUAAAUAUCACAGGACUGUGCUCUAUAUUUGUUUUAAAAUAAAAGAUACAUGAUUUGCAACGUGCUGGUUACUCGGGUAUCUGUCUGUUCAGUUUUCAUGAAUUCUCACAUCUUUCAAUAAAAA